AUGAGGAAGAACAACUUUCAAGACUCUCAUCGUUCGGGUCACCGAAAGCAACACGAAAAUUCUCCUCAAACCUCAAAGGCAGAAACCAUAGACUCGCAACUGUUGUGCUACAAUUGUCGUAAACCAAGACAUUUUAAGGCCAAUUGUCCUCAUCCAAUAGUGAGCAAGCAUCAAGAUAGCAACACUACCAAAAGUCCAUCUAAGGAGACUGGAGAAAGAUACAAAAGAAAUGACAAGCCAGAAUCAUCAGGCUCCAGAAACGAGAGAAGAAGAAAGGCAAUGGUAGUGAACGAAACCUCUGACAUAGUUGUGAACGAAAGUAGCUCCUCAAGCUCGAGUUCAGACGACGAAAGUUCUGAAGAAGAAAAAGGACUCCUAUGCCUUUUCAGUCAAGAAUCAGAAGAUCUAUGCCUUAUGGCUGACGAAGACGAGGUAAACUCUCAUUCAUCUUCUUGUUAUUCAGCUGAGUCAAGUUCUGUAAGGAGUCAAACCUCCAAUGAAUCAGUUACCGAAAUGAUGAGGAGGUUCAAAGUGAUAAAUAGCACAUACUCCAAACUUAAGGAGGAGAACUCUCGGCUCAUGAUUAGCUACAAUGCGCUAAGGCAAGUUUGA